CUCGGGACGUGCCUUCUCCCAGGCGUUGCCAUAGCGCAGCCAAUCAUCGGCCUCUUCAACCUUGAUAAUGACAUUGCGAGUGAAAAACACUCAUUAGCUGAACUUUGUGACAAGGAAUGUUGUUAAAUUCAUGCCAAGUGAUUUAAUUACGUUGGCUGCUCUGUGAUCAGCACGAAAGAAACACUGUCACCUGGUGGUAAAUCUUCACUUGAGUGCAAGCAAGGACGCAAGGACAAGAAGUGGGCAGUUUGCACCUCCGCUGCAGGGUCGGCUGGCGCGCGUGGCAUCCUCAACGGGGAAACUGGUGUGAAAGUUCUUCAGCUUUGCGAAACCUGAAUCUCAAAGUUUCAAGGAAUGGAGGCGCAACGCGCACUCUGCCCACCCAAGUGCUUUGAACGCUCAUGGAAAUCCUCCGUGGCAACGUUGACGCUUGUUGAUGGGGUGGGAAGCUCCAUUGGUCCACGACGACUGACCGCGCCCUCAACCCGGCCGAGCUACCUCGCCAACUGUUAGCAUCAAGUGUCAGGGGAGAGGCGGCCCCCCAAUGCUGAGGAUGAGGAGGAGGGGGAUGCUGCGGAGGAGAGGAAGCAUCUUUGUCUGCACGGAGCGGCUCCGGGCUUCCCUCGCUCUCGCUUUUUCCUCCACGUAUACAGCAGAUAAGAACGACCAUCACAACUCUGAAGAUUUAUAACGCUUCGUUUCCUACUGAUGCUUUUAUCUUACCUUGAUGCAGGGUCUUUUAUUUUUGCCUCUUCUUCUUUGGUGCUGUUUUUUUGGCCGGGCGGAAUACAAAAAAAAGCAACCCUUCGCUUGUGUGUAGGAUCGCCGGCUGAGGCACAGGAUGCUGUGCGGCUGAGAGGGCAAACUGCGCCACCUAGGCUCUGUGCCUAGUUGACGCAUUGAGAAUUGACUGGAGCCGCGCUGGAUGGAGGCCAAAGACGCUGGAUGGCGAAGACGAGGAAGCGCACGGUCUUGUGGCUCACUUGUGAUGCUUGUUGUCUUUCUGUCACGCGCCGAACGAUGGCCAAAAGAAUCCGGAUAGACAGUCAAGGCUAAAGAAAAACACUGCAUGUAAAAAUUGCUUUCUCGAUUGUCGGCCUCCGAAAGACACGAAGCUCUCUUUCCUUUCUCCUGUUGCGUUGGAUGCAUAUGCAUUAGCUUGUAGACGCUAACCAUCAUGGCCACGUGUCACAACAAAGCCCCCUGGUUAUUGUUUUUAGUUCAUUUGGUGCUAACAGGGAGAGCGUUGGAAUAUGAAGGCAUUCCGGGUCAGUGGACGCGCUAUGGACAGUGGGACGCCAAGGCGACGGCGGAACUCAGCUUCAUCCUGAAGACGAAUAUCAGCAAAGCUCUGGUGCUCUACCUAGACGAUGGCGGCGACUGCGACUUCCUGGAGCUCCUCGUAGCUGACGGGAGACUGCAGCUGCGCUUCGCCAUCCACUGCGCCGAGCCGGCCUCCCUCCACACGGAGACGCGCGUCAACGACCUGCGCUGGCACCGGGUUCUCCUCUCGCGGCACUACCGAGAGACCAAGCUUCUGGUGGACAAUGAGGAGAAGGCGGCCGAGGUCAAGUCCAAGAGGAAAGAGAUGGUGGUGGCCAGUGACCUCUACGUGGGCGGGAUCUCGCCCGACGUGCGCCUCUCCGCCCUGACGUCCAGCACCGUCAAAUAUGAGCCGCCGUUCGAAGGCCUGAUCGCGAAUUUGAAAGUGGGGGAAGCUCUGCCCGUGCUCUUGGACGGCCAAUCCGUCCACAGCGACAUGGACUACAUCUGCGAUGCGCACUCGCCGUGCAAUAACGGAGGCCUGUGCUCCGUCAGCCAGGGGGAGGUCCUGUGUGACUGCAUCAACACCAGCUACGUGGGGAGCUACUGCCACGAAGCAGGUGUCCAGAAAGAAGUAGAAGGUCUGGCGCACCUGAUGUUAAACCGCCAAGUCUUAAGCCAAGGCCAGGGGGAGUCGAUGGCCACCUUUAAAGGCAACGAGUACUUCAGCUACAACCUCUCUCAGACCCCCAUCCAGAGCAGCUUGGAUGAGAUCACGCUGUCCUUCCGCACGCUGCAAAGGAACGGCCUGCUGCUUCAUACGGGGAAGUCGGGAGAUUACGUCAACCUGUCGCUGAGGGAUGGAGCUCUAUGGCUGGUCAUCAACUUGGGCUCCGGUGCCUUCGAGGCCCUUGUGGAACCAGCCAGUGGAAAGUUCAAUGACGACAUCUGGCAUGAUGUCAGAGUGACCCGCAACCUCCGCCAGGUAACAAUCUUGGUGGACGGGAUCCUGACCACAACGGGUUACACCCAAGAGGACUACACCAUGCUGGGCUCUGACGACCUCUUCUACAUCGGAGGCAGCGUGGACACAGCUGAGCUGCCGGGCUCGCCAGUCAGCAACAACUUCAUGGGCUGCCUUAAAGACGUGGUCUACAAGAAUAAUGAAUUCCGACUGGAGCUGUCACGGCUGGCUGAGCAGCAGGACCCAAAAAUAAGUAUCCAUGGCGACUUGACGUUCAGCUGCGAGAGCGUGGAGGCCCUGGAGCCGGUCACCUUUGACACGCCGUCUGCCUACCUGACACUGCCCAGGUGGAACACAAAAAAGACAGGCACCAUAUCGCUGGACUUUCGCACCACGGAGCCCAGUGGUCUGCUGCUGUUCAGCCACGGCAGCCUGCUGGGGGCGGCGCCUGAGAGCAAACCCCGGGCCGACUUUUUUGCCAUCGAGCUGCUGGAUGGUUUCCUCUACCUGGUCAUGGACAUGGGCUCCGGCAGCAUCAAAAUGAAAGCCAGCAGCAAGCGGCUUGAUGAUGGCCAGUGGUGCCAUGUGGAUUUUCAAAGAAAAGGGCGCAAUGGCUUUAUUUCGGUAAACAGCAAAAGCAUCCCGUUUUCGGCCAACGAGGGCAGCGAGAUCCUUGACCUCGACGGGGACAUGUAUCUGGGCGGUCUUCCCGACGACCGCCAUGGUCUCAUCCUCCCUCCGGAGGUGUGGAGCGCCUCUCUGGGCCUGGGCUACGUGGGCUGCGUGCGGGACCUCUUCAUUGACGGCCAGAGUCGCAACCUGUGGAGGCUGAGCGAGGUUCAGGGCGCCGUCGGUGUCAGCAGCCUGUGCACCAGGGAGACUCAUGUGAGGUGCGGCCGAGACACGUGUGCCAACGGGGGCCACUGCAAGGAGGGCUGGAACCGACACAUUUGCGACUGUAAUGGCACCGGCUACCUGGGGCCCAACUGUGAGAAAGACGCCACGGUGGUGAGCUACGACGGCAGCAUGUACCUGAAGGUGAUGCUUCAGAGGACGCUGCACACGGAGGCCGAGGACGUGUCCCUGCGUUUCAUGUCCCAGAGGGCCUUUGGGCUGCUGGUGGCCACCACGUCUCAGCAGUCAGCGGACACCCUGCGCGUGGAGCUGGACGCGGGCCGACUCAAGCUGACGGUCAACUUGGAUUGUAUCAGGAUAGACUGUAAUCUCAGCAAAGGACCCGAGGUACUCCUGCUGGGCGACAAGCUGAAUGACAAUGAGUGGCACGCGGUAAAGGUGGUGCGCCGGGGGAAACAUUUGCAGCUCUCCGUGGACAACGUCACCGCAGAAGGCUUCAUGAGCGGCGCUCACACCCGCUUGGAGUUGAACAACAUCGAGACGGGCAUCAUGACCGAGCGCCGGUUCACCUCGGUCAUCCCUUCCAAUUUCAUCGGCCACCUGCAGGCCCUCUCCUUCAACGGGAUGCUCUACCUGGACCAGUGCAAGAACGGCGACAUCUCCUACUGCGAGCUGAACGCGCGCUUCGGCAUGAGGCACAUCGUGGCGAACCCUGUGACCUUCCUGACCCAGGCCAGCUACUUGGCCUUCUCCACCUUGCAAGCCUACGCCUCCAUGCACCUGUUCUUCCAGUUUAAGACCACCAGUCCUGACGGGCUCAUACUGUACAACUCCGGGGACGGGAGUGACUUCAUUGUGGUCGAGCUGGUCAAAGGGUUCAUCCAUUACGUCUUUGACUUGGGAAACGGCCCGUCGCUGAUGAAAGGAAACUCGGACAAGCCGCUCAAUGACAACCAUUGGCACAACGUGGUCAUCUCCCGUGACAACAAUAACGUGCACACGCUUAAGAUCGACGUCCGUACCGUCACCCAGCACGCCAACGGAGCUCGUAACCUGGAUUUGAAGGGGGAGCUGUACAUCGGAGGUGUCGGGAAGAGCAUGUACAGCAGCCUGCCUCGACUAAUAGCGUCCCGCGAAGGUUACAAGGGCUGCCUGGCAUCGGUGGACUUGAACGGAAGACUCCCCGAUCUGUUGGCAGACGCCCUUCAGAAGGUGGGCGAGGUGGAUCACGGCUGCGGAGGUCCCAGCACCACCUGCACGGAGGACUCGUGCCACCACCAGGGAGUGUGUCUGCAGCUCUGGGAGGGCUUCUCCUGCGACUGCACCAUGACGACCUACAAGGGGCCGUUCUGCAGUGACCCUGGAACGACGUACAUCUUUGGGAAAGGAGGUGCUCUCAUUACGUUCACCUGGGCACCCAACGAGCGGCCGAGCACCCGGGCCGACCGGCUCGCCGUGGGCUUCAGCAGCCUGCAGAAGGACGCCAUCUUGGUGCGUGUGGAAAGCACGCACGGGCUCGGAGACUAUCUUCAGCUGCACAUAAACCAAGGCAAAAUCGGCGUCAUCUUCAACGUGGGGACCGAUGACAUCACCAUCGACGAGCCGGCUGUCAUGGUGAAUGACGGCAAGUACCACGUUGUACGCUUCACACGCAGCGGUGGCAAUGCCACGCUCCAGGUGGACAACUAUCCGGUCAUUGAGCGAUACCCUCCAGGACACUAUGAUAAUGAGCGACUGGCUAUUGCUAGGCAAAGAAUCCCGUACAGACUCGGUCGGGUAGUUGACGAGUGGCUACUCGAUAAAGGAAGACAGCUGACCAUCUUUAACAGCCAAGCCGCCAUUAAAAUCGGCGGCCAGGACAAGGGCCGGCCCUUCCAGGGUCAGAUUUCUGGCCUCUACUACAACGGGCUGCAGGUGCUCAAACUGGCGGCGGAGAACGACCCCAGCGUCCAGGUGGAGGGCAACCUCCGUCUGGUGGGCGACGCGCUCUCCGUGCUGACCACCGACACCACCUCGGCGACCCCGCUGGCCGUGUCCGACAUGUCCACCACCAUCAUGGAGACCACCACCACCAUGGCGACCACCACCACCCGCAGGCAGCGCUCACCCAGCUUGAGGGACAGCAUCUCUCAGCCGCAGAACUCGGAUGAUAUUCUGGUGGCGUCAGCCGAGUGUCCAAGUGAUGAUGAAGACCUUGAAGAGUGUGAACCGGGAACAGGAGGUGAAUUAGUGUUGCCUAUUAUAACAGUGGAUUCCCUUGAGCCCCCAUCCAUCGCCACCCGUUACCCCGUCAUCCCUCCUCCCCCUACCCUCUUGUCCCCCCUCGAAACCACCAAAGAGUCUGUGAUAGUCCCUCCUCACCCUUCCUGCCCCCCAGACCAGGAGGACUGUGGUGACACCGUGGAGGUCUCGGCCUUCGGCUCCGGAGAGAUGACGGAAUCUGAUGACGAGGACUUUUACAAUAAUAACAACUCCCCGUUGGUCACUGACAGGACAGUCCUUCCGCCACCUCCCGCCGCCGGUGAGGGCGGAGUUCAGAAACCCCGCCCCUUACCCCCUUAUGUUCCCACCACCAACCCCGACCAGCUCCACAUCCCCGCGGGCAAAAUGAACACCCGAGACCAGGUGCUUCUGCCCCCUGCUCCUCCAUCCUCCCGAAACACACCGGGACUAACUUACCCCCCCAAUUUUCCCCAUGUGCCCACAGCCGACCCCACAGCCUCCGAUGAAAAGAUCCAACCGGGCGCCGUGGAGGUGAUCAGGGAGUCCAGUAGCACCACGGGCAUGGUGGUUGGUAUCGUGGCUGCUGCUGCUCUCUGCAUUCUAAUCCUCCUCUAUGCCAUGUACAAGUACCGCAACCGGGAUGAGGGCUCCUACCAGACAGACCAGGGCCACAAUUUUGCCAACAAUUUUGCAGUGGAAGGCAACGGAGCGGUGGUUAAGGACAAAAGCACAGCGACGGCCUCGGCGGCCAAGGCAAUCACGAAGGGCAAAAAGAACAAGGACAAAGAAUAUUACGUAUGAGUAGGCGGGCGAGGACUGAGAGGAUGUGAGGGUGCUCCACUUUCAAAUCACCACUAUUUUUUUUUUUUUUUUUUAAUUCUGGUUGGAAGUCAGACAUUUCACAGGUAACUAAAGGCAACUGUCAAAUGCAGACUGCAGUGAACACGAACAUUUCCCUCACAGUUGCACAGCUACCACAACGCUGUCAUCCAUCAUCCACUUCUUGUAAGUGCUUCAUUUUUAAGUAUUAACAACCUCGAGAGAGUCAUAUCCAGUGUUGCUUUGUAUAUAGCACGGAUAUGAUGCGGUGAAAGGACCCGGGGGUUGAGUUUCCUCAGUGUUUUCUUCUUUGUAAUCUCUGUCUCAAGUGUCGAAGUUCUCCAUUAUGACAGAGUGGCUGCAGAGCGGGAACACAGAUGCUGUUAAAAUGACUGGUUGUCUGAUGUUUAAAAAAAAAAAAAAACAACUUUUAAUGGACUUUGAAAUAUGUUCUAAAGGGAAACUGGUUUUGGAAUCUGCCCUUAAAAAAA